AAUUGCAUUCAAAGCAGUUUUUUCCCAUCUUCUUGAUGUUCUUACAGCACGUGAUUGCUCCCAUGCAGAAGAACUCAUGCAGAUACCUGGUCAUUCUCACCUUUGUUUACUCCUCCUUCUUCCAUGGCCAUCUAGCAAUUGCAGCAACCUCUGAUUUGUCGCCAUCUCGGUACUACCCCACCGACAUCAUCCUCCUGAAUUGUGGCAGCUUCGGCAACUCGACAGCGCUGGAUGACCGAGGAUGGAUGGGAGAUGUUGGCUCAAAAUUCACGUCAUCACGGCUUUUAAACCAGACAUCAGUAUCUGCCAAAGCCCCUCAUAGCCAUGGCUUCUCCAUCGAUCCCGUUCCCUACAUGACUGUUCGGUUCUUUCGCUCUCAAUUUACCUACACGUUUCAUGUCAAGCCAGGCCAGAAAUUCAUACGCUUGCACUUUUACCCAGCUUCGUUCCCAGGUUUCGAGAGGUCUGAGGCCUUCUUCUCUGUAAAAGCCGGUCCUUAUACUCUCCUUAGCAACUUCAGUCCUUCUCACACUGCUGAUGCUUUGGGGGUAAAAGUUUUGGUUAAAGAGUUCUCUGUAAACAUAAAUGACAAUCAGAGAUCCAUCAACAUUACUUUUCUUCCCUCUUCAAAUGCCCGGAAAGAUGCUUUUGCGUUUAUCAAUGGCAUUGAGAUUGUGUCUAUGCCAGCCAAUCUUUAUUACCCUCGCUCCAGGGAUAUUGACGUCUCUUCCUCAGGCCAUCAGCAUGAUUUCCUUAUCAAGAAGAACACUGCUCUUGAGGCAGUUCACCGAUUAAACGUUGGCGGGAGCUAUAUUUCACCAAAUAAUGAUUCUGGCAUGUUCAGAAGCUGGUUGGAAGACACCAAUUACUUGUUAGAAUCAGGUGGUGUCCUGGUUAACACUACUCAGAGGAUCAGAUCCACAAGGAUACCCAAUUAUAUCGCACCUGCCCAAGUCUACCGGACGGCGCGGUCGGUGGGCAUGGAUAAAGAAGUGAACAUGAGGUACAACCUAACAUGGAAACUCCCUGUGGAUCCUGGAUUUAAGUACCUUGUCAGGCUCCAUUUCUGCGCGUUUCAGGGUCAGACAAAGAAGAGCGGCAAUAGGAAGUUCCACAUCUAUAUAAACAAUGAGACAGCGGAGGCUAAUGCUGAUGUAAUCACUUGGAGCGGCGGCAAUGGAAUUCCGAUCUAUAGAGAUUAUGUUGUGUUUAUUCAGAAGGGUAAUCCUCACCUCGUUAUAGCUUUGCUUCCUAAUUCUGAUUCAAAGACUCGGUAUUCCGAAGCAAUACUAAACGGGUUGGAGAUCUUCAAAAUAAAGAAAUCUGAUGGGAGCCUUCCCAGACCCAGUCCUGUACCCGUCCCCUUUCCAGCACCACAGCCAGCAAUUUUUUGGCAUUCAAGUCGAUUCAUUGCCAUUGGUUGGAGUGCACUAGGUGGUGUAGCUCUACUCUCUAUAAUAGUUGUCAUUGUACUCUGUUGGCGGAGGCUGGGAAAGAGCAAAAAGAGAGAAGUGCUUUCGGUGCCGAAAGAACAGUGUCGCCAAUUUUCACUCGCCGAGAUUCGAGCUGCCACCAAUAAUUUUAAUAAAGCUCUGGUAAUUGGAGAGGGUGGCUUUGGUAGAGUAUUCAAAGGUUACAUCAAUGGGGGAGAAACUCCUGUUGCUAUUAAAGGGUUGGAACCGACAUCAGAGCAAGGAGCCCAUGAGUUCUGGACGGAGAUAGAUAUGCUAUCAAGGCUCCGUCAUCUCCAUCUAGUCUCUCUUAUAGGCUAUUGCAACCAUCCCCAAGCGAUGAUCCUCGUAUACGACUAUAUGGCCCAAGGAAGCCUCCGUGAUCAUCUUUAUAAAACAGAUAAGGCUCCAUUGACAUGGAAGCAGAGGCUCGAGAUCUGCAUUGGUGCUGCUCGGGGACUGAAGCACCUACAUCAAGGCUCGGAGCACAAAAUCAUUCACCGUGACAUCAAGACCACAAAUAUUUUGUUAGAUGAGAAGUGGGUGGCCAAGGUUUCUGAUUUUGGGUUGUGUAAGGUGGGGGCGGCUAAUAUGUCAAAAAGCCACAUAACUACGGAUGUCAAGGGUACCUUCGGAUAUUUAGAUCCAGAAUACUUUUGGAGCCAGAAACUGACAGAAAAAUCUGAUGUUUAUGCAUUUGGGGUGGUGUUGUUUGAAGUGCUGUGCGCGAGACCGGCUGUGGAUAUGGAGCUUGAAGAGGAGCAGCAAAGUCUUGUACAGUGGGCCAAGCACUGUGUAAAGAAGGGAACCCUCGAACAGAUCAUUGACCCUUAUUUGAUGGGAAAGAUUGCGCCAGAAAGUUUGAAGGUGUUCGCCAGUAUAGCUUAUAGAUGCGUGCUGGAUCAAAGACUUAAACGCCCCAAAAUGGCCCAUGUAUUGAACAACCUUGUGCGAGCUCUGGAGUUGCAGCAGAGCGCGGAUGAUGGGGAAUUUGAUAGCAAGCCUGGUGGAGCUUACAGUGAAAAACUUGAUGAGACGGUAUGCUUGUGUCCAAGAGAAAUUGAGCUCUUGUCAAUACCAUCAAGAGCAGAAAGUCUGGCAUACACAUGCCCUGCCCUUUGGCAGAGAAGUAUGUCUCCCAAAGUACUCAUCAGAUUUUUAAGCGACAAGGCUGGAAUCAAACGACCUAGACCAUCUCCUUCUGAAUACCAGAGGGUGCCACACGAUCAUGAACAAGCGCAAAAUGAAGGUACCACUAUACUGCGAACAUCGGCGAAUGUUUUCUGAGGUCUUAGGCUCCUGCUUUUUUCUGUUGGGACUUCUGUUUCUUUUGUGGCGUGUAAAUUAAGUUGAUAAAAACGUAGUUGUGAAAUGGCGUUUUUAGUAUAAAUUCAGAACGAUAUUUUGAAAA